GCGCUUCUUCAACAAAAAAAAAAAUUGUACACGUAGAUUUUCGGAUCAUCGGCAUUCAUUCCGGCCAAAAGAAACGCACACGCGGAUUAUUGAAUCAAUUUUACUGCAUUUUAUUUACUGAAUUAUUUUUACAAUUAUUAUUUACAAUUUACAAUGUAUCAAUCAACAAAUAUUCCAAUUACAAUCACCAUAUUUGGUUUAAGUUUAUUAUCAUCAACAGUUUUGGCUGAUGUUUGUCAAGCAACGGCAAAAAGUUAUACAGCAAAUGAUGGUUUAGUAUUGGUCAGUACUGGACAUGUUAUACAAUUUCAAACAAAUUGUCCGAAAGAUGUAAUUCCUUCAUAUGCAAUUUUGAAUGGUCAAACAUUAUCGAUUGCACAGAUAGAUGAUGCCGGUUCAUAUCAGAUUUCAUGGACAAAUGAUCUAUCAUUAUCAUCAUCUGGUAGUUAUGAUAUACCUGUUUAUGAUGAAAAUGGUUAUCAACAAUAUCGUAAAACCCAACAACAACGUUCAUCUGAUAAUAUACGUCCAUUAUUUAUAUUACCAUUUAGACAUCAAUCACCAUAUAAUGGACCAAUUGUUCGUACUGAAUUUGCUGUACUAAUGAUAACAUUAUUUUUAUCAUAUUAUGCUAUUACAUUACGUUUUAAAAUUAUGAACAAAAAAAUCUAAAAAACAAAAACAAAAACAAACAAAACAAAAUUGAUUA